CUCCGAAAGCACUCGUCUCAGGGAGUUAAUCGGCUUACGAUUGCAUCAGAACAUUUACAUCAUUAGACUGUGCUACGGCGACCAAUUUGACCAAACGAAUAAACUUGCGAAAUGUCUUUCCCACCAUUCCAAGCCCACGCCCCAUUUCUCCUUUCCCCGUCUUCCUCCUUCUCGGGGGCAGAGCAACAGCCGCCGCCCCUUACCACCCGAGAUCUCUUCGGCGCCACCUGGCACAUGAUCGCCAGCUCUAGCACUAUGUGGCAGGAUCGCAAGAGUAGCAUCACCGUUACUUACUCCGCCACCGCUGACGGCGCCGAUGGCCGCGACUUCUAUGAUGUGGCGGCCUGGUCCGCCGAUAACUCGUCAAAACAACAUUCUACGAAAGGCCUUAGCUGUCCCGCAGCUGCCUAUUCGGGAUAUGUGUAUGCUUGGAGAGGCACAGGGUGGUUAAGACUCAUCACUACGCGAUGGGAGGUUGUUGGCUUAGGCGUCGUAUCUCACCGGUCUGAGGCAGACGGUGCAGACGGUGCAGAUGUGGAGGAUGACGAUAGAGGGGACGGUGCUGUGGUGCUAGUUACCUUCGUGCAGAAGACAACGUUUUCCCCGCCAGCUCUGUCAGUGUUCAUACGACAAGAACACCUAAAUGGUACGCAGGAAGAAAACGUGGUGAAACGUGUCGUGGCGGAACUGAAAUCACAGGGUAUGGAGUCACUGCAUGCUGAAGUGGACAAACUGAGGCCUGUUCCGUGGAACUGAGCAAGGGGUCCUGAGCUCAAUAACGCCUUUUAUUUUCGGACAGUAUUAAAAAAAACCUAGCCGGAAAUUUCGUCCUUUACACUAGUUGUAACGGUUCCUCAGAUAUAUUCGAGUCCGUAAAGAAAUAUGACUUC